UCUAUCUGCUAUUUAAAAAGGACAGACAGUUUUUUGACGGAACUACACACGUUAUUUUGUUUUUGUUUUGGGAUGUUUUAUCCCGACAUACAGAAAGUUAUUGUCCACUUGGAAUGAAGCUUCUAUUUUAAAUGACAUUCCAGGAUUUGCUCAUUACAAAACUUUCCAUUUCAUUUGGAAAUCUGGCAUCACAUAUUCAACUUAAUUUCAGUAACAAUGAUGAUGAAUAUUUUUGGAGUUUUGAUUUUGAUGAUUCAAGUGCUUUUUCGGACUGAAGGCCAGAUUUUAAACACCACGCCACUUUUGAAAUACACCAAGCUACACAUUAACGAUAGUAUCUACUGCCUAUCACAAGCCACUGCCAACAAGCGAGAUGCCCAGAAUCUUUGUGCCAGAUUCGCAACUGAAUUGGCAUUCUUUGACGACGAUGCGGAAUAUAAAAGAGUACUGAAUGAGCUGCUAACCUACAAGAGAAAUGAAUAUUUCAUCAUCAGGAUUAAUUGUCAUCAAGGUCUGGACGUGUCCAAGUUGCAGAGGCUUUACUGGAAAAAGAGCGUCAAUUUAGAUGCUCAAAUAUUGGCUCCUAAUAUGUCUUUGAAUUGGUUAAAGCCGGAGUGCUGUGCAGCUAUGCAGAAUUCCUCGUUGGAGAGUUUGGUUUACAGAGAUUGCUUAGAGGCAACGGAUUUCCUGUGUAAGGCUCCCCCAGAGUGUCCUGCUGGCGGUACCAACUGCUUGCCGUUGAACUGUGGAGAAUGUUUGGAAGGGUACGCCGCUGACACCACUAACUUAUCUUGUGUCGAUGUCGACGAGUGUCAGCUCAAUGUAUCCAAAUGUACGCAGGGUUGCAACAACACCGAAGGCAGCUACAAAUGCUGGUGCGAUGACGGAUAUAGAUUAUCUUCAGACAACGUUACAUGUAAUGAUGUCAACGAGUGCGAUGAAGGGGCUCAUAACUGUUCUCAGAGCUGCAACAACACAAAGGGUGGCUACUUUUGUGGUUGCUACCCUGGCUACCGCCUGGACACUGACCACUUCUCCUGCAAUGACGUUGACGAGUGUAAGAACGUCACAUGUGAACACAACUGCACUAACGUUGGAGGAUCCUUUAUCUGCGUGUGUCAUCAUGGUUACCGCCUGAAUCUCACGGACCGUACCUCGUGUGACGAUAUCGAUGAAUGCAAAGAAGCUGAGGUCAGAUGCAGCCGAGAAUGUAGUUCAGUGAUGAUCAAAGUCGACCCGACUUGCUUGGCUUGCUCACGGGGUCAUCCUCUCUGCGACCACGACUGCCACAACACCAAGGGCUCCUACGAAUGCAGCUGCAGAGCUGGCUACAGCUUGAACACAAUAGACAACAAGAGCUGCCAUGUUAAUGGAGAAUGCGGUCCAAGCAACGCCACCACGUGCAUGGGUUCCAACCCCAUUAAAGACAAAGCGGUGAACAAGACCAAGACGAUCAGAGCUGCCUUGAGAAAAACCCGAGCUUGCUCAAAAAAGGUCUCUCGCAAGGUCCUGUUUGGAUACUUUUGGGUUGUAUUGGUUAUUUUGGCUGUUUCGUCACUUUUUUAUACCUUUUUUAUGCAUUAGAAUCUAAUCCCUAUCCAAAAGCCUCUCUACGUGAACCGUGUGGGCUUCAUAAUAACAUUAGGUCUAAUCUCUUGUCAUUUCAUUAUUAUGUAGGUGGGUUAACAUGACUAGACCCACAUCUGAAAAUAAUUGCGCAGUGGUUUCCAAAUCAGGCAGUUUUUAUAUAAUUUUUCUUAUUUAGGUGUCUUUUGGGACCAUUGUCUUGAUCAAGCUUCUUGAUAAAGAAUGCAGAUUUAAAAGGACAUAGUCGGCAUUCUCCAAAGCCGGCCCUAACUAUUGCGGGGCCUUGUGAAAAAUGUAUUGCGUGGGCCCAGUCUGGGGUAAGGAUAAGCAAAAUGUCAAAAUUAAGAUUUCGUAUUAGAAAAUACAUUCGUCUUUGUUAUAAAUGUUAUUAAAUGAAAGCUUACUAUACCAUUUUUUUAGUCGCGCUUACGAUUGGCACUCCAAAAUGACAAUUUAGUCUAUAUUGUGAAGAGUUUUUUACAAGUUUUCAGGAGAUUUAAAUACUUUCAGGAGAUUGGACUUUUUCGUAGAUUUUAAGGAGGCCCUGAAAAAUCAUGAGGCCUUGUAAACCUUGUCAUUAUUUAUAAUUUAUAAUGGUUUAAUUCAAUGAUUUACAAAUAGAAUUAGCGCGGGGCCAAUGAAAGUGCGGUGCCCACUGCGGCCAUAUACGUUACAGUGGCCUAAGGCCGGCCCUGGUUGUCUCAUUCUGUUGUCCAUUUCUGAUGUGAACAACUAGACGUUGGUUCGAGUCUGGAUCGUUCAUAAUAGGUUUCGUCUUACUUGUGAUUCGGAUGAGAGCUUGUCAAUAUCUCGACUAUUCUAUUCACUAUUAGUUUCUUUAUUUCUUUCCGAUACAGUGAGAUGUCUAAUUGCGUAUUUAUUCUCCAACACCUGGCGAGUGUGUCAGCCUUCUUAUCUCUCUCUGGUUCUAUAUGUGCAAGUAUCCAUUGAAAAAACUUUUUUUUUUUUUUUGCUAUUGUUGUUGGGCUUUACAUUUAAAGACCGCAUCGCAAACCAAGAGAUAGGGUUAGUGCAGCAAUCGGACCCUAUGAUGACCUGCUAACUAUCGUAAAAAAAAAAAAAAAAACGCAAUCUAAAAACCAAUGGCCAUAUUACAAGGUCCUCGAGGCUCGCAAAGACCUUCCUUCAGAGAACAGUACCAGGAAAAAGAAGAAGAGGCAGACAGAGAUAGCGAUGGGAAGACAAUAUAAAAGAAUGGACGGGCCGGCCAUUGAAAGAGGUCCUAUUCAAUGCAAAAGACAGAGAGGAAUGGAGAAAGACGGUCGACAAAUCAUGCAUGGUGUCAUAACGGUCCAACAGAUUUAGGGAUAGGUAAAGGUAUAGGCUGAGCUUUACAAGAGCUGUCCUGAGUUGUUUCUGAGGUUUCCAAGCUUUGAAAUUGCAUUGUAUUAGUAUUACCAUACUUUUGUUUAAUUAUCUGAGGCAAAGUUAAAUAUAGACUAAAUCACUGACCUUUAUUUUAAAUUACCAAAAAACUCUGUAUUUUUAUCUCGACCUUAAAAAACAAAAGAUUUUAACUUCUCAAGCUCUUACGUUGACGUGAGAUGUUAGAGACAGAGUUGCUUCUCUUGUGAUAUUCGUUAGUACGUGUCGUCUUACUGAUAGUCUUUAAGUCUUCUUUUAGUACAGCGGUUCUCAACCUUUAUAGGUCAGCGAACCCUUUUUGUGAUUCUCCACUAUGCGGCAACCCCUAAACGUAAAAAUAACAACCCUAAGUAAUGGUGCCUUUCAUAAUUUCACUAUUUAGUAUUCUAUUUUGUAUUCACCUUUUUUAUGUUGCAUACUUAUGUGACUAUAAAAAAAGGAAGACGCAACAUAAUAGCAGAAUACCAUAUGUAUUCAUAUUUUCAAUGGUCUUAGGCGACCCUUGGCAAAUCGUCAUUCGACCCACAAGGGGUCGCGAUCCACAGGUUGAGAACCCCUGUUUUAGUAAGUAAUCAGUAUAUGUCGAUAGGCAGUUGGGUUGUAAACCCAGUGUUAAUUCCAACAACUGAGAUGCAUAAAUAUUAAAAUAAGUACAA